AUAUCAUUUUUUAAAAUUAAUUUUAUUAGAAUAUAUAUAUAUUUAGAGAGUAGAAAAGUUCUACUUGGAAAGAAGAAAUUUGUUUUCCCGUAUCGCGUUAAUAUCACUACAUGUGUUCCUACAUAGUCUACGAUCAUAUUGCGAUAAUUAAUUAGUAUGAUCAAGGAUUGCACCAAUCUACAAUCCACCGUGCGGAUUAUUACAUCGUAUUGCGUAAGACCGCUCACGCAUACAUGCCGCGCAACACUCUCGAUCUACGUACGUUCUUUAAGGCUCAAUGAUGCAUCACUGAUUCUUGGCCAAUCCUUAAAAAACCAGAAAACAUGCGAAGCAAAAAUAAAACUUUAUCAUAUACAUGAACCUCGAGUGUCACGUAUAUAUUUGUCAAGCGUGCGGCGAUUUAGGCCAAUUCCAGCUGGCUGCGCCGAGUGUCCUUCCCGAUCGCGAGAUACGGAAAGUCCAUCAUAAGUUUCACUUGCAUUUUUAUGCGGACCCCGUGAUCGUGGCCGCUCUUUUUGGUCCUUUGGUACCGAAAUGCAUGCCAGCAGGCACACGGCCGUUCGAUAACUCACGUCGGUUUGCGACGCGUCGAAUGUGAGCGCAGGGUGGAAUACACGGUUGACCAAUCCUUCCUUCUGUACCUUCAGUACGCCACGGGAGGAUUUACAACCGGUUUCACGUGACGGACGUUCCACCGUCACCGGGGACCGGGGGAUACGAGCGUGGCGGCGCAUCUUCGACUUCUUCGGCGAGACAGAGGCAGGGCUAGCCUACUUUCUCUACAAAGAGAAUUUUUAAACGACGUGUGAGGAGGACUCCCUCUUCUCGCGCACUGUCAUCCAUCCUCCCCGCGUCAUCUCCUCCGUGUGUAUGCCCUCCUCUCGCUCUGCGCUCUUCUCUCUCUCUCUCUCUCUCUCUCACUCUCUCUCUUUGUAUCUCUCGGCGCCUCUCUCUUCUCUCUGUACCCUUAGGCGCGCGCUCACUCUCUCCUUUUCCCGGGUCUCCUUUCCACGAUUCACCCGGCAACCUCACAGUCGACGACUCCUCCGGCUGGUAGCCCUCUCGGAGUCUAUAUAAGCGGAGGCUUCAUACGAGACUGAGCAUUUUUUGUGUUAGUAACGGCGAGUCGUGGCGCUCACCCGUCAAAGAGGCUGCGGGCUCUGACGAGCGCCAGUAUGGUGCGCGCGACGUGUGACACGAAAAGCCACCGUUAAAUCGCAUACGACACAAACGCGGGCUAUACGCGACUUCCUUUUAAGUGCGGUGGCGAAAAGUAGAGAGGGAUAUCACGUCAAGAGCAAGGAGAUCUGCGUAGUGUCGGAUAAUCUGUGUGUAGUGCCGAGGCUGCGGUUUACGCGCGUAUGUCAUGGCUAAAUUCAAGAUGCUAUUCGCGCUGUUCUGCAUCCUGCUGAUUGGACAUCAUAUAGAAGCGGUAGUCAACAAAGCAGCUUCAAAUGUACCGUUAGUUAAGGAAAACGAUAAAUCCACGAAGGUCAAUGCUGAUGAUAGAAUAAGUAAUACUUUCACUUCUCUAUCUGAUGAAUAUGGGCCACCAUCGGGACUCAGUUUUAACGGGCCAGCGCCGGUGUACGGGCCCCCAGAAUUAGUCGGCAACCUUGGACCAACGCCCAUUUACCCACCGCCGCCGCCAGAACUGCCACCGCCCGUAUAUGGAUCGCCGGUUGCCACCUACGGACCGCCGCUCGGUAUCAAGCCGCAGUAUGGACCACCAAAACAAACUUUUAGUCUAGCAUCAUCCUCUCUCCACUCAAAGCCCAGCUACGGUCCGCCGAAACUUCAUUAUGGACCGCCGAAGCAACUCUUCGCGCCGCCGGCUUCGAUCCCACCAUUUAGAUUGCCGAAGCCGAUUGCUCAGUACGGUCCGCCAUUGAAGUUGGUCGGUACAACGAGUCAGCAAUAUGGACUGCCACCACUGGCGAGUCAGCAUGGGCCGCCCAAACCCGGCCACGGACCACCUAUUCCUAUAUCGUUCGAGACUUACGGUCCACCACCUCCGAAAUUACCUAUUCAGUUUAAUCCUCUGCCCAAUGACGAGUACGGCCCACCGCCGCGGCCUCUACCCGCACCGCAACCGCAAUACGGUUCACCGGUCGGUGAUUUGUACGGGCCUCCACCGCCAGGACCUCCGCCAGGAGUUCCAGCUCCACCCACACCACCUGACAUAAAGUACGAUGGAUGGCAGCCCAUCGCGGGAUUGGCCACCCCGCCUAAUCAAAACGGCGCUCUGAUAGACGCGAAGCAUAAUCAUAUCGACAGUUCGUCUUCCUCGCAAUUGUCACACGCUGCCCUGACCGUUUCAACGAACCCGAACGCGCCCAGCGAUUCUUACGGCGUGCCGAUAAACAAUCCCGAGGCUCAGAAUCUGAAGACAUCCGUACACGAAUCCUCGGCUUCUUCGGAGAGCAACGGAUUACCGCCGCCACCGUUGCCGCAGUACGAGCCUUUGCAUAAUCAGGGUCCGGGUGUUAUUUCGUCCGGCCAAUCCGAUCACCACCAAUUCGCUCAACAGCAUUUGCAGCAGGUAACACCAAACAUCGAAUCCAUCGUGAAGACCGUGGGAUUUGAACUGUUGCCUGCAAACGAGGGUCUCUCGGGCUUGUCGUUAUCGGGCGGCACUUCUGACGUUUCAUCGUUGAGUCAUAUCCAGAACACGGUCAACGUUAAUUCCGCUUCGCUUCACUCGGGGCUAGAACUGACGUCGGAUGAGGGCGGAUCGCAUGCUGCUGCUUUAAGCAACGGCGGGGAUUCUCACGUACUCCAAAAUAUAGGAAACGAUCUAUCCCUGCAGCAGCCAGUGCAGCAAACACCGUCGGCUGAUUACGGAGUGCCUUUAACUACUGCCACUUUCGGAAAACAUACUGAAGUUCUGUCGGGAGCGUCCUUGCUGGCUCCUCCACCCUUAGAUUCGUACGGUGCACCUCCUCUCUCGUCAUACUCGCCGACUGGACCUUACCCUGCGUCACAAGGAGGACGAGGUGUGCAUUCGUCGUUUGGAUUAUUUGGGAACUCUUUCCACAAACAGAAUCUGCAGUAUCACCGAUUCCCUGGCCCGUUCAGGCCACCGCCAGUUCCUUUUAGUUCUUUGAUACCACCGCGAAACCGGGAUCCGAUUAAGUUCAAGGAAUCGAUACCAACCGGACUUCUGUCCAGCAUUAAUCGAUACCUACCGCCGCCGCCUGCAAAGCAGCAGUUGCCGAAUCUCCACGCGCCAGUAUCUUUCCACCAAACGGCGGGAUCGAGCAAUGUAUUCUCCAACGCUUUCGCGUCAACUAGCUCGCUGAACGGAUACGACUCCAAUUCUCCGAUUGCCGCACCCCAUGUGCAAUAUGGGACGCCAUUAUCGUUCACCGACUUCAAUAGACCAACGCCUCCCUUAACUUACGGAGCGCCAAACUUUGGCCCGGCAACUUCAUUCGUCUCGAUGUCUUCCGAAGUCGGCAGCAACCUGUACAGCGGAAUUGGUAAUACGCUAACGACAUACGGCACACCUGUAGUAAACGCACCCUUGUCAGAUAACGGCGGUUACGACUGCAAUUUAAAUUCCUUACAGCCCCUUUUGCCCGCGAACGAAGAACAACCUUUAAGCGGUAGUCUACCCUCAAGUGGAGAAUUGCAUUCCACCGGAGAGCUGCACUUGAGUGGAGGCUUAUCUUCGGGCGGUGAAGCGCUCUCGAGCGAGAAGCUAUCGUUGGCUGGCGAAUUACCGGCGCAUGAAAGCGCGCAUUCCAGCGGCAAGCUGCAGAUCGGUUUUGAAAGUGCAGGAAACGUAGACAAUCACGGCUCAGGUUUUACGAAUUCCCUGCCCACGGGUUCCGCGCAAGUCGAGUUUACUGAGGGUAAUCAUCAAAAUUCCAUUUUCACUGCCAACUCGCUGCCGCUCGUGAAGCCGCGCGUUAACUUCCUGGAAGGACCGCCGCUGAACACGCUGGAUUUGCAGCACAGCGAACAACAGAAAACGAAUCUGAAAGACAGCUACGGUAAUCCCGUGGGAAUAACCUACGAUCCGGCGAGCGAAGCGAGCAAUUCCGGGGCGAUUCACGCGCCUGCCGCGGAUGCUCCGGGCGAGUCCUCCGCGCAACUCUCUAGUCAGUUCCAUGAUGCCUACUCCGCGGCAACGUCGGACAUCGGGCACGGUUCAGGAUUAACGGCCGAAGCGCUGACCGCGAGCCUAACCGCGCAGGGUUACGGCCAAGAAAAGAAUUUCGGAGCGAACGAGGUAGACGCUAGUCAAUUUCUGAAUUCGAACGAGGGUAGCGAGGCAUUGUCCGUGGCUCAGAGACUGACCGCCGAGAAUGCCGAUGGUUUCGAGAUUCAGGGUUCCAAGGGCACCUACAGACUGCAGAUACAACCAGCGGACGGCGGACUGGGCACCGAGAACUCGGACGGCAGCAUCAGGCACGAUCAGCUGUUGUCGAAUGGUCUGCUUCAGGAUAUACUGGCCGCCAUAGAGCAACCGGAGAAUGGUGCCGUGCAGCUUCAUGGUCUUCCACAGGCUCAGAAAUUCGAACAAGCUUUCGGUUCUGAUCUCCGGCCGCAAGGAACUGCUAUUACCAACGGUCACUUUAUCACCGUGGGCAAUCAAGCACAGAACGAUGGACUGUACGACCAAGUACAGCAAGCCAGCGAUAGGCGGGAAGACGGAAAGUACGUGAAAAAUCCGUCCGUGGCUUUGUUCUAUAACACGAGAUACGGGAAACCGAGGAAAGAGAUCAGGUCGCUGACGAAAAGCGAGAUGCAGGCCAUUCCGGAGAACGAGCAGAGCGAUUGCGACUCCUUGUAAUUAAAAUUGUGUGAGUGCCUUGUGAGAGUAUUUAAUAGUAUAUUUAAUGAUAAAGCCUUGGUCGCGCCCUAAUCCAUCUCGCAGAGACUUAUCGUUUCCGACGAGGAUAACGCGACGCCACUCACUUUCUACGCUUGCGGUCGAUCGACAACGAAUCUCCGAGAGCGCACCACCAAUCAGCGAUAUCUAUGGCGGAAUCAUAAAUGCUUCUUGCACGCGGGCAUUCGAAGCGUUACACGUUCUUCGAUGAUAUUUUCUUUGGAAUGUACAACCGCAAAGAUCAUGUCUCAGUACAGAUUAGGAUUUUUAUCUCCGAAAAGGUUGCGACAGCAUAAAUCGAGCAUGAAUUAAUCAACGUUUUGCAAUCUGAUGUCGAAACUUUCUAGCAACUCGUCUCGAAUUCUAAGAAUUGUCCGACCGUAGGCAUUACAUUAUAUAAUUUCUGAUACUGUUGAGCUUCAAAAAUCUCCAGAACGCGUAAUCGAAUUGGAAUCGGAGAAGGGUAUGAGAGCCGCGCGAGCAAGAAACGAGAGAUUUGCAAUCCUUUUCUCCCGUUGCAAGCGAAAGUGAUCAUUAUUUGUCGGCUAGCGUAUCAAUAACGGGUUAUUAGACGAGCCAUCUGCUUGUUUAAGGGGGGAGCCUGCUUUAGAACGUUGAAAAUAAGGUAUAAUUUUACGAAUUUUUU